AUGCCAACCCGCACGCCUCAAGAAUCCGACUUUCCUUCCUCUCUAACGCUCACCCUCACCCCACCACCACCUCAAUCAAACAACAGAACACCCCCAAACAUCCUGCUUCUCCUACACGGCCUCGGCGACAGUCACGCGCCUUUCACAAACCUCGCCAAAUCUCUCCGCCUCCCUGAAACCACGAUCCUCACACUCCAAGCUCCGAACCCGCUCCCGCUCGACAUCCCAGGCUUUCACUGGGGCGACGACGUAAACUUCGAUUCGCGGACGGGGGCGCUUGAUAUGGAUGCGGGGUUCAAUACGGUGAAAAGGUUCCUGGUUGAGGAUAUUAUCAAAAAGGUGUUACUGGAGAAGUGUGGAUACCAGCUGCGCGAGAUUAUGGUCCUGGGGUUCGGGCAGGGCGGGAUGAGUGGGUUGGUUGUUGCGCAGGAGUUGAUACCUGAAGGUUCGUCUGCUUCUGAUGGAGGAACGGGAGAACUAGGCGGAGUGAUUUCCAUCGGUGCAGCGUAUCCGCUUUCUUUGGCUGGGAAGAGUACUGGCGGGAAGGGGAAGAGUCGGACGCCGGUGCUGUUGGUUUCAGGGCGGGACUCGGAUAUUGUCACGGACUCUGCGGUGAAGAGGACGAAGGAUGUUUUUGAGUUUGUGGAGGUACAUCGGUAUUCGAGGCGCGGGGAUACCAUGCCCCGGAGUCGGGAUGAGAUGCUUCCUAUUAUGCGAUUCUUUGGGAGGAGGUUGCGCAGUUGGCAGGGCGUCCCCGCGGGGAGUGUGGAGCUCUCUUGA